AUGAUGUACAAGAUCAUGGGGUUGAACAGCAUCCUGUCUGCCUUCGCCAUGUCUGCGCUGACACUGGAUGGCGUGAAGCUGGGCGACGGGCAAACCGCAAUGGAAUCCCUUUUCACAUCUAUGUGCUUCUUCCUGGUCUCCCGGAGCACGCCUGCCAAGCAGCUGGCAAAGCAGCAGCCGAUCAGCUCGGUCUUUGCCUGGCCGGUGAUGGCCACGCUGGCCUGCCAGCUGCUUGGCUACCGUCGUGGCGUGGCGGUGCCCGGGGUUCUCUGGUUGGCAGAUGGCCAACCAAUGGCGUUCCAAGGAGACCUUGAAGGCGAGUUCGAGCCAAACUUGACAAACACAGACACCCGACUGCAAAAGACAACUCAGCAUGCUGCAUCCUUCCUAGCUAACUACGAUGGCCACCCGUUCAUGCAGCCGCUGUCGGUGAACCGGCCUCUGAUGUACAGCCUCGUUCUCUUUGUGACGGCCAUUAUCGCCUGUGCGUCGGAAGUGACGCCAGAUCUGAACCACUCCCUCUCCCUGGUGCUCAGCCCCAACGAGGACAGCAUGGGGGACGGGCACAGCGCAGGUUUUUUAAAGUACAAACCCUCUUGA